AUGGCACACUACUCUUCCGUGUCAUCUGCAAUGAUCCGUUCUCUGAUCCUUCUCGCGUGCGCAUGGGGAGCCGCCGUUGCGAGCCACCAGCCGGCGGCGAGCGGCGGCUACUGCUACACGAGCAUGUUCAGCUUCGGCGACUCCAUCACCGACACCGGCAACCAGGUGAGCUUCUUCCCCACCGCCCCCGCCGCCAGCCCGCCCUACGGCGAGACCUUCUUCGGCCACCCCACCGGCCGCUACAGCGACGGCAGGCUCGUCGUCGACUUCCUAGCGGAGGCGCUAAGGCUGCCGUACCUGACGGCGUUCCUGCGCGGGAAGACGGCGGAGGACUUCCGGCGAGGUGCCAACUUCGCGGUGUCGGCGUCGACGGCGCUGGGGCAGGAGUUCUUCAGGGCGAGGGGGCUCGACCUCACCAUCAUACCGCCAUUCUCGCUGGACGUGCAGCUCGAGUGGUUCAAGGGUGUGCUCCACUCUCUCGCCUCUACUAAUCAUCAACAAGAAAGCAAGGACAUCAUGGCAAGAUCAUUGUUUCUAAUGGGAGAGAUAGGGAUAAACGACUACAACCAUCACUUCUUUCAGAACAGAUCCUUCACAGCUGAGAUAAAACCCCUGGUGCCAAUGGUGAUUGCAAAGAUUGCAAAUGCCACCAAGGUUUUGAUCGACCUAGGGGCCAAGACCAUGCUGGUUCCAGGGAUCCCACCUAUGGGCUGCAUUCCAAGGUUUCUCAACUUGUUUCCCAGCAAGAACCCCAAUGACUAUGAUAAGCUAGGAUGCUUGAAGUGGCUGAACAACUUCUCGCAGUACCAUAACCAUGCUCUCAACCAGAUGUUACAUGGGAUCCACCGUGAUACCAAGGUCACCUUGAUCUACUUAGACUACUAUGAAGCCAUGCUGAAAAUCAUCCGUAGCCCUCAGCAUAAUGGGUUCACGAAGAAGAGCGCCCUGACGGCGUGCUGUGGGGUGGGCGGGCCCUACAACGCCGGCUCGCUGGUCUGCAACGGCAACGCCACGGCGUCGAACCUGUGCCCGGAUCCGUCCAGGUACAUCUCCUGGGACGGGCUGCACCUCACCGAGGCCGCCUACCACGUCAUAGCCCGCGGCGUGCUGGACGGGACGUACUCCAGGCCCACCAUACCCUCCGGAUGCACCUACUAGCUGAUCCCUCCCUCUUAGGUCUGUUCAGGAAGUUUUACAUUUUGAGAAAUAGUUGCUUGGUAAUCAGUUUCUGAGAAUUAAAAAAGCUACUAAACCCAACUUCUCUAAAUUCUGGAUUCUUAGUUCACUUUCCAAAAUCUGUAACUACAGAUUCUCAGAAGCUGUCAGCUUCUUCAGAUUCUGGAUUCUUAGUCACUUUCCAAAAUCUGUAACUACAGAUUCUCAGAAGCUGUGUACCGUUUGAAAUAGCUUCUGAGAAAAGCUGCAGCUAAGAGAAGCUCCCCUAAACAUGCCCUUAAUUUGAUUCACAUGCUAUCUCAAGUCAUAUCAUUAGCAAAAGUCUAUUUUAUAA